AUGCGCCGAAAGUUCGGGGAUCGUGCCAAAACGGUGUCAGUUCAUUGGACGGGAUCCCAAGCCUUGAGGCACGUUCACAUCUUGCGACGCGCCCGCCAAAUUCGGUCUAUCUUGAAGUUGGGGAGCCGCCAAUCGGUCGGUAUCAAACUCUCCGCUGCGAAAAUGAGAGCUUGCCGGGCAGGUAUGGAGCAGCUGCUGGGACUCAGGUUGGAGGCCAUCGAGGACAUGCUCCUGGGCCUGUCUUCGCAAGGCUUGGGCAACUUCCGCAGCAAGCGCCGUGAGAAGGUUUUGGCAGAAGAGCCCUUGGUGACGCAUCGAGUGGAAGAGGAGGACAUGAUCUGGGAGCGACUGGCACCGAGGUUUCGGCUGCACGAAGCCUUCGCGAAGACAAAGUGA